AUGAGAAGUCGUUUCUCUUGUUUUCUGCUGCAGGAUACCGGAAGUAAAGGCACUCUCAAUAAGGAGAUCCAAGCUUUUAUUCAAGCUCUCCGGUCAUGUUCCUUUAAACCACUUUGUUCGCUCGCUGUCACACUACUUCCGACGGAGGAACUGGCUUCUGCUACACCGGGUCCAAAGGCAAUGGAUUCUCCCGCAGCGGAAGUGUCGAAUCAGGGUGUCUCGGAACCACUGGAAAGUGUGAAUGACAGCCCGGCAACAGUUGUUUUGAUGUACAAGGAAUCGGACGGCCAAUCGUUCCAACUCCUCGCUUCCGUUCCGUCUCGUUUUCUUAGUCUGGCGCUUCAUAAUUUGUACCUUGACGGAUGGGGUUCGCCUGAGCCCCGGUAUCAGAGCAUCAGCAGAAGGUUCAGAGAGGGUGCACGAAAGCUUUUGGAAGCGAAGGUAGCAUGA